AAGUGUUGAUCGUUUUCCCAUCACAACUUGUCCUCCUUCUUGACGGUGCACGCCACUCGAAAGUCAACUUUCGUCCUUUCGCCUGUCCGUCGUCGAGAACUCCUCUCCACCACCUCCAGAAAAGUUGCCUCGAAGAUGAGCGCCGUCGCACAUGGGUACCACCAGGGAGUGUUGGAGGAUGUCAUGUUCAGGGAGACUGCGCAGACCUUGCCCUGGGUCGGUGAAGGAGCGUUGUGGAUGGCAGGAGGAGCAUUGGAUGCUGCAAACUCGCGGGCUACUCCGAACCACAUAGACCACAGCGGCAUCCCUCUCGGCCUGCCGGUCAACAUACGCAGACUGAACCUCGUCCGCGACGCCGACGGCUUCUACGAAAAUGGCCCGAUCUCCACCACCCUCGAGCCCGACACGGAGAGUUCCGUUGAGGAACGCCAGGCUGACAACGACGGGGGUUCCAAGAAUAAGAGGGGGAGACGCGCAGGCAAGAGCGAGCACAGAAAGCGGGCGAGGGAGGCUAGAAGGGCUGCGCAGGUUGGGGACUCCAUUGCCGCCGGCAUCGCACCAAGGUCCGUCGAUGGCGAGCAACAAGCGAACCUCGCUGACGACUGCUGCAGCAGCUUCCCCGCGACGCGCGGGGGGAUGCGCCGUACCCAGAGCCUGACGAGCUUGAACCGCCUGUCCCGCAUCUUCGACGACGAGGUCACGGCACUCAUGAGCAUCAACAAGAACGAAUCCUCUGCGCGCAGCAAGCCCACGACCCGCGGUGCCGAGGAUCGCUACGCCGAGAAGGAGAAUAUGCGCCCCAACGCAAGCAUGCUCAAUAACGGUGGGAAGUCAUUGUCGCGAGCGCGGCUGCCGAUCUCUCGCGAGAACAUGGUGCCGCAGUUGAACGAGUGGUCGAGAUGGGCGGGCGAGCCGCCGCGGAGCGAGAGCUUGCAAUCGGGCAUCGAAAGUCCUGCGGAAGAUGUCGCCAGCGUAGCCACAAAACUGAAGGGUGCUAUGAGGGUAAACCGGGGGGAGCAGUUUCCGGCCAUGUCGCUCUCGUACACGGUGACCGUCAAGCGCAACACUGAAGGCUACUGCGUCAAGCGUUGUGUCGACGGCUUCAUCGAACUCUUCGCCUCGAAGGAGAACGUUGCCCCAAUGCACCUCGUCGCCCUCGACGCCGAUCGGACCGAGUGGCGACCUAUACCCAAUAUCCUCGUCACCGAUCCCGAGGGCUUCGUAAAGGCUGCGAAGAUUCCUGACGCCAUGCCCGUCGUGCGAUGCAACGUCCCGCUCAUCCUCGUCGAAGACCCCGAUGGCUUCGUGACCAAAGUAGACAUCCCCGAUGGCGAGCCCACACACAAGACAUGCACGAAGGUCGCACCCGAGGACCCAGCGGAGGAGACGAAGGUGCACGACACCGACCGAGUUGCGGCAGCCGUGCCAAUGCAGGAACGCGGCCGAGAGCGAGAGCGCAACGUCGUUUCCCAACGACGUCCGCGCGGAGCCCGCUCAGGCAAAAAGCACAGUAGAACAACCAUGGAGACGACCCUUGCACCGUGGCCCCGGGGGGAUCUGGCUGCGCGCAUCGCCAACGUUAUGGCGGCGGACGACGCGUAUCGUGCAAGGAAUCGCGAUUCCGCGACGCCCGAGGAGCAUAUGGCGGACCUAGAGGCGAGGAUCCAUUUAUCGGCGGAGUACGACGCGGUAUUGCGGGCUGUCGUCGAGGGUUGGGACGCGGAGAAUGCGCAGGACGAGGAGGGCGAUGCGUCGGAGAACGAGGAGAAUGUGAACAUUGAGGAUGCAUUGUCCGCGGUCGAGGGGGACGAUAGCGCAAACGCAGUCGUCGACGCGGAGGAUGCGAAGGAGGACGCGGAGGAUGAGGCCACAGAGGGUAGUUCGUCGGAGACAGAGGACCUCGAAGAGGACGAAGCUUUCAAGCGUAUGCUGGAGGAGGUCGAGCAAUGCCGUAUGAUCAAGGAGAUGAUACCUCCCACGGCACAGGCCUGGAUCGUCCCCUACUGCAAUACCACCGAGGGCCAGCUCCUCUCGUACAGCAACGGCUGGUACGACUUCGCCGAGCCCGACCAGAGGGCCGUGCCUCUGUACCGUCACGUGAGCGAGUGGGGCUUCUCCCACUGGCGUACCAUCCCAACCCGUAUCCACGACCGCUGGGAAUUCGGCUCGUGGGAGGCCUUCAUGGCGCGUAUCGGAUGGGACUUCGUCAACGAGGUGGCCGACCCGCAGCUGCUCCUGCGGGAGGAGAUGCGCGAGGAUCGCGCCGACUGGCUCGAGUACUGGGAAGAGAUGUGCCACAGCACGGACUUGAGCGUCCCGUCGCCCCUGCCGCCAGCGCCGCAGGGCCCGCCGCCACCCCCUCCGCCCGACACCUCGAACAAGGAGAACGAGCGGCCCCCGCGGGCUGUGCCCAUCGUUGGCACCCGCCCGAAUGGCGCGCGCCGCCCCUUGUCCGGCCGUAGGAUCCUUGGGGCCCGCGAGGACCAGAUCAUAGUCGCGGCGCCCGAGUCACUCGUCCCGAAGUCCCCUCCACUCAGGUUCCGCGUGCCCUAUGAAGACUGGUCGACCACCGACGACGACUCCGUCCGCGACAUGUCUAUCACCGACGUUCAUCGGUCCGACGAGGACAGCUACGUGUCUGACGACGACGAGAGCUCCGUCGAGUUCUUCCUCGGUUGA